UCAGGACUGGUGUGGCACGCUUGGUUCAAGCAUGGUCACGCGAACUCGCUACUUUGACCAACAGAAAGCUGCUUGGUUUGAAAGUGACUUCUGUGUGAGUCUGCUUAUAUUCAGAACCACAUGACUUUCAGUCCGUUUGUUUUAAAUUACCCUAGUCGCUGUAAAUAGAUGUUAUUUAUUGAUCCAGUAAACAAAUCCAAGUGCAAACCCGCAACAACAUAAAAGACAAACUACACAAACGAACAUGAUGAAAGAUAUCAUUACCGCGCAUCUAUAUUCAUCUCCCAUCACUGGAGACAAGCACUUGUAAAAUCGCCCACAUGACGAGGAUCAUUAAAAGGAGGCGGGUGCCUAUCACUUACCUCCCCAUGCUGUCUGCGCUCCUCUCGGUCACAGUGAACUUUGGCAAAGCGUUCUGUGGAUGCUGGCAGGAGUCGCUUCACUCGGGCACUGCUGGCACGAGCUGUGGAUGCGAAACAACAGCAAGGUGACUGUUUAAGGAUGAAGCCAGACGCUACUGGGAAAGACAGACGUGUUUAAAAAUCUAACGCGAACUUAUGUGUUACGUGCUGUGGAUUUAUAGUGUCUAAAACAUCCUGUAAUGAAAUAUGGAGGCGAGGAGGAACUCCACGUAUCCACUUAGUUUGGGAUAAACUCACUUGCCAUAGGAUAUUAGUAUGACAGAGCUGGAAUAAUGCCAAAUUAGCUCUGCAUGAAGUUCUGAGUUGUCAAAACCAUAUAUGUGGAUAUAUGUGGAGGACAUCAUGGCAGAACUUUAUGAGAGGAGAUCAUCGUUUUUUUGAGUGGAUUGAGAGGGGCAGAGGGGCUAUGGUGAACUCAUCCCCAGCCGUCGCUGCUCACGCAGAGGGAGAAGAGAUUGAGGUGCUGGAGAGCACUGAUGUCCUUCCUGUAGCUCCAGAGGACCAAUGGAAGUCUCUUUUUGACAAGUAUGACCCAGAAAAUUCAGGCUUCAUCAGUACUGAGCGUUUCCGAGAUCUCCUUGCGGCUCAUGGAUCAGAACUGGACCCUCACAAGCUGGAGGUUCUUCUUGCCCUGGCUGACGGAAAUGCUGACGGAAAGAUCUGCUACCAGGAUUUUGUUAACCUGGUGAGUUCUGCAGAUGAACUUGAGAUGAGCAACAAACGUUCGAACAGUUUCCGUCGAGCGAUCCUGCAGGGGAGUCGGCAGCUCAGGAAUUCCGCACUGAGAGAGGAAGUAGGCUUGGGUCUGUCUCGGAGACUCGUGCGUCAUGUUGCUUAUGAAACUUUGCCCAGAGAGGUGGACCGCAAAUGGUACUUUGACAGUUACACCUACUGUCCACCACCAUGGCUUAUGCUGGUCAUCACUAUAGCAGAGGUUGUUGUCUUUAUAUAUUACGGACUGCAGCUGAACCGCUGGGUUCUGCAGGUGUCAUCGCCGUACUUCCUGAAGGGCCCAUUGCCAUACCAUCCGCAGCUCCGAGCUCAGGCCUGGCGCUAUUUUAGCUACAUCUUCAUGCACGCUGGAAUAGAACACCUGGGCCUAAACAUGGCCAUGCAACUUUUGGUGGGUGUGCCGUUAGAGAUGGUCCAUGGAGCUUUGAGAAUUGGCCUGGUAUAUGUGUGUGGCGUACUGGCAGGUUCAUUGGCUGUGUCAGUAACGGACAUGACAGCACCUGUGGUCGGAUCAUCAGGGGGAGUCUAUGCUCUGGUCUCCGCCCACCUCGCCAAUGUCGUCAUGAACUGGUCAGGGAUGAAGUGUCAGUUCAAGCUCUUUCGCAUGGCAAUGGCUCUGGUGUGCAUGAGUGUGGAGUUUGGUCGUGCCGUCUGGCUCCGAUUCUAUCCCCCAGCUUUCCCACCAUGCCCUAAUCCCAGCUUUGUGGCCCAUCUGGGGGGUGUGGCAGUGGGCCUCACCCUUGGUGUUGUGGUUCUUCAGAACUAUGAACAGCGUUUGCAGGAACAGUCCUUGUUCUGGAUCUUCUUCAGUGUCUACACACUCUUUAUCCUCUGUGGAAUCUUCUGGAACAUUUUCGCUUACAAUCUCUUGGAUGUCAAGUUACCCCCACCUCCAUGAAGCACUGUGUGUGUGUGUGUGUGUGUGUGUGUGUGUGUGUGUGUGUGUGUGUGUGUGUGUGUAAUGACAGGCAAUAUAAUUUAACAGUUGUAAAGGUCAUGAAUGAGAAACAAAUGCUAGUACCUUACUAUACAGUCCUCCUGCAAUGUUUGUGUUAAUAGUGCCUAAACCAUGCCAAGUUUUAGUGCCAUCAAAGCAGCUAAAACCGCAGAUUUAGAUUUUUAAGCAAUGAUGAAUGUAAAUUUGCAGGACAAGCCCAAAGGUUGAUGCUUUUUACAGCUAUAUACUUUGUGCCAGCGAUCGAGGGCUAUCAGCGAUAGCACAAGUAUUCAUUUCAGAAUAAAACUUAGGUUUAGAAGCUGCUACUGGCUUGUCAACUGACAAAUUCAUUCAUAUAGUCUAUGCUAGUUGAAAUAUUUCUCAAUUAUUGAAGGAAUAAAUACAUCCCUUAAACUGGCACGGAACCUGAGGUUGCAUUAGCAAAGAGAAAUAUCGGUAUGAGGACCUUUUAAUAAGUGUUCUAUAUUUUUAUAAAUGACUAUAGACAAGUUCAUGAGGUAGUAUGAGAGCACUGUUAAAGCCCAUUGUGUGUGAAGGACUCUUAAAAGAUAUUGAAGAAGAACGAAGUACCAAGGAAACAAAUGAACAGCUAGAUAUACUUCUCUCUAUCUUGAAAACAAUUUUUUUUUUUUUUUAGAAAAUAAUACAGCGUUAUAAGGUCGACUUAAAAGAACUGCAGUCCUUUCCUGUUUUCAGUGGCGGUCUGCGAGGGAAUUUCCUAGACUUUAAUAUGUAAACCAUUAUUAAUCAAAUCAAUCUCUCCCUAAUAUCUAAAAAUAUGAAUAUUAAUUUGAUAAUUAAUGAAAUGCUAUCUUUCUGAUCACCAAGUCAAAACUUGACUAUAGUACUGUAGUAAAAGAUAAGGGCAAAUCAUGCAGUGCCAUCUACAGACUAUGAACAAUAUUUCAACACUUGUAAAUGAAUAGAGAGUCCAAUUCCUUCUAACAUCUGCUCACUUGUGUAGAGGUUCUUUUCACUUUUCCACUCCAUUAUAGCACAUUUUUAAUAUUUCAGACCAGAGGUUCUGAACUCUGGCCCUCGAGAUACACUUUCUUGCAGAGUUAAAAUCCACCCUUGAUUAAACUCACCUACCUGCAACUUUCUAGUAAUCCUGAAGAUUUGAAUUAGCUUGUUCAGGUGUGUUUGAUUAGGGUUGGAUCUAAACUCUGAGGGCCAGAGUUGAGAACCCCUUGUUUAGGGUACGUUUACACGUCAACGAUGUACUAAAAAUGGAAAAGUUUUUUCUUUGCGUUUUUCAUGUACAGACAACAGCAUUGUUAAUCAAUCCCAGAUCCGCAAAAACUAAUAAAAACGCUGGUAUUAUGCAUGCCAGGCCAGUAGAUGGCGAUGUCACUUUGUAAAGAAACACUUUGCAUCUACAGACUGAACAUGUAAUACGUAUGUGCAUGACGUCAUCGUUUUCACAAAUUUGUGCUUUUGUAGUUUACUCAGAGACAAUAACCGUAUCAUUGUCAAAAACUUGCACUUUCAACCCCGUUUUUAAAAGUUUUCAUUUUCAGGCCCCAUUCAUAUGAUACCUUACCCCAAAACGCCGUUGUUGUGUAAAUGAAAGGCCAAAACGCAUAAAAUGUUUUACGUUUUUAGUUGAAAAUGGUGUCAUGUAAACAGCCCCUUAGGCUCUUACAUUUAGGCUAUGUGUCUGAAAGUCUUUAUAAGCACAUGGCUUCAUGACACUGCAACUGUGACCUCUCAUAUUUAUGCGAAAAGAAGUAAAAAAUAUUUACUCUCUUUUGACUUUUUUUGUGCCACAUUGCAUCAUUUGAAUUAAUAUUAUUUGAAUAUACUUUCUGACUGUGAUUUAGUGAUUGAAAUUCGCUUGAGCUUUCUCACAUGAAGAAAAAUAUAUACCUAAGUUAAGCACAUUAGUAAAAUGAUUAAAACAAGUUAGUUUUAUCACUUUAGCUGUUAUGUUUAUUUUUAAUAAUUUUUCAAGGAGACUACCUUCCCUGAUGGACCGCCACUGCUCAUUCUUGUUGCCAUCAAGGAAGAGAAUUUACAGUACCAGCACUAUCAGAAUCAUAAUUUUUGUCCUGAAAUUGCACAUUUGAUUAGAUUUAUUGAAUCAUAUUUGAAUCACGUUAGUGAAACAACAGCAUGACCUUGGGAGUCACCAGAACUCAAUUUCAAAUCAGUGAUCAACAGAAAAAGAACAUGUAAUUUAUCGGCUAUACAUGCUACAAAUAACUAAAUUAAUCUGUUAUAUGCUGUUUAAUAUAUAAGUAUUGCAGUAGUUAUUAAUAAAUUGUGAUUUUGUGACAUCUACUGUAUACCUCAAAUACUGUAAGUGGUCUGUGUUAUGAAGUUCAUUUCUAUUGGUGCUGUAGUAUUUGAACAGGUUGCUGAGUGUCUGUGCCUCUAGUAACUGGUUAGCUCCUCUCAGUUCUGUGCACAGUCGUUCUUUACAGCAACACUGAUCCUGGUACAGCUUUGUGUGUUCUCUGAGUAUCUUCUGCCUGUAGUGUGUGUUGCCACUGAUUCUCAAACUAACAAGAAAAUAGGAAACUCUAAAUAAAAUCUUCAACUGCUGAAAGUUAAUGAACCCAGUACUUCAAUUCCAGUUUAUACUACUUUGUGUCCUGAACAACAGGAAAUGUUUUAACAAUGUGUUUAAGUUACUUUUGAAGUGCCAGUAUUUUGUUUUGCGUUGUGCUGACCUUACUGUAUCAAAAUGUAAUGUUGGGAUCAUGCAAGUAACCUGGGAUUGUGUGUAAAGGGCUAUGGCACUGGAAAUAUGAGCUCAAGCAUAUUUCAACAUGCGUCUGUUUUGUAGAUUUGAUAUGUAAAUAUAAAGUGCAUUAAAAAAAAAUCUGUAAUUGAAAAUGGAAUUUCGUUGUGAAUUAGGACAGUGGUUCUAUAAUGGUAUGUGUGAACCCUGAAACUCUGGAUAAAACUUUUAUUUUUAAUAAAUUGCUUUAAAUAACCAAAA